UUUUAACAAACAAGCCACUUUUCGUGUAAAGAGAUGGAAGCGAGAGACAUGGAGCAAGAAGUGCCAGAGGAAGCCUCAGAGUAUCAAGUUGUGGAAGAAACUGAUUACGUUGACUCAGAAUUCGAUGAAGGCAGAGCUACACAUUCCGAGCAUGCCUUUGGUGAAAACAUGAGCCUAUUGGAUGUGACGAACACCGAAAGUUGUGUUUUGCGUCGCUCCUGGGAACUCUUGCUGGGAGCUUUGGGCGAACGGGAGUCUCUGGGCGAUGCGCUCUAUGGAGCAUUGACCGGGUCACUCGUCGUUCUAAAGGAGAGCUUCAAAAAUCCCAGAGCAGUGACCUCGUUGAAGCUGUUUAACGGCUUCCGAGUGCUCACUGAAAAGAGCCAUAAUCCGGAGGAAUUGAAGACGCACAUUGAGACCUUGGCAUUUAAGCAUUUGGGGAAUGAUAUCACUCAGCCUCGUGUUGACGCCGUGAAUGACGCCUUUCUUGAGCUCUUAGAACAGAAUGUCUCAGAUCUUCCUCCUGGCAGCGUAAGCGCUUGGCAAAAGAUUCUCAUCUACACUGGCUCCUGCUUCAGGUUUGUGAGUUCGACCUACACCGAGCGGCUCAAAGUCAUCCAGGAGGAUUGGGAGGUAAUCCAGGACGCGGAAGAAGCUGACACGGAAGAGUGCGUAGUGCGCAGCUUUGGAGGGAUGUGUGCCUUCAGCAACGAGGUCAUGGGACAGGAGACAGAAGGGUGGAUGGAAGAACUCUUGCGGGUCUUCCAUGUUCUGGUGGAAAGGAUUGGAAAUCCCGGACACUUGCAAGAGGAGUGUGAGCUGCUUUCCAUCAACAUGGUCAGCAAGUCCGAGGAGAUUGAUUUUGCAAAGUUUAAGCCUGUGAUGCUCGCGGCGUUGCGCUCUUUGCUUCCAAAGACUUGGAGCACAACCCAUGAGACGGCAUGGGAGUGGCUGUGGGAAACCGUCAGUCGGAACUUAAAGGAGUCGACCAGGAAGGUGAGGGCCUUCAAGCCUUACAACGCUCAACUAUUCUCAACAUUGACAGAAGAGCAAUUGGACCACUUGCGGAGCAAUCUCUACACAGAUUUCUUCUCUAGGUGUCAGGCCAGCCAAGAUUUGUUCAAGCAGUCUCAAACUCGACUUCGCUACAUUGCAGACAGAGUGCUCCAAUCUUCUUACGAUAUGUUCCACAAGCCCAAAGACGAGAUGGUUGAUGAGCUUUCUGCACUAGGCUUGCGACACGUAGGUUACGCUGUCCCCAUCGAGCUUUUUGCACCUUUCACCGAUUGCUGCGUGGCAGUGAUGAAACCUUUGAUUGCAGAGAUUCCGAAAGUUGAGUAUGCGAUCAAGAUUAUUUGGUGCCCUGCGGAUGGAUCACAUGAGAUAGCUGAGCGAGAUGUGCCUGAACACAUGAUGGUGGAGGGGUUCCGAUGGUCCAUCGGUCUUGUAUCACGGGUGCUGAUGCGGACCAUUACUGAAGGCUCGACCUCUGUUAUGCAGGCAAUCAACAAAGACGAUCCCAAGCAGCUACGCAGAGCUUUGCGGGAAGCUCCGCGAGGGCAGCGUUACCUUUGGCAACUCAGAGUUCGUGUGGGCAGCCAAUCAAUUUCACCUCUAUAUUGGGCACUCAGGAGCGGAGCGCACAUGGCGUCGAAGACCCUCAUCCAAGAUAUCCUCACCAUCCGAGCUGACAGAGAUCACUACUAUUAUGGCGUCAAUGAUCUUUUCAGGCUCCAAGCAGAUGUUGUGGCCAACGUCCUUCGCGAAGCACCACAUUUGGUGGAGACCUUGUUGGAUGGGCUCAUUUGGCGCUCACACAAAACCCAGGAUGGUCUACGGCCAGUGAUUUACUAUAUGGAGCACUUACUGCAAGACACUGACAGUUCGCAGAUGCUCUCCAGAUCUUGGGUGAGUUUCGUGAGAUUCAAACAUCCUGGGAUUAUUGUCCAUCCCAUUUUGACAUUCGUGUCAGAUUUGCUAUGGGAGAACUUGGUCAUGCGGUUUUUUCUCUUGGACCAAGUAUUUAGCAUGGUGAACUUCUUGAUCUUCCUCGUGUCUGCUUGCAUCCUGAACUCAGAGACGGUCUUGCAAGAUCCUGUGAUGUCCAAAUUUCUGAUUGCUGCACGACUGCUGGUCUACACGCUUGGGUUGGGCAGACUCCUCUAUUGGCACACGCUUCAGAUGUACAAGACCUUGGUAUUUCCUGAGGGAUGGAAGCGAACUUGUGGGAUGCAGCUCCCGAGAUACCUUCAGGGUCCAGAGAUUCUUAGCUUUCUCCUGAUGAUAGACAUUGCUGGGUUGUUGAUGGUCGAACCUUUGCUUCAUUGUCUUGGAACCUCAGAGGCGAUGCUUGAUUUGACUUGUGACAAAUGGGCCCACGGAAUGAGCACUGUCUACGAAGUCUUCUCGGUGUUCGGUGUCUUCCUGUACGUUCUACUCCUGUUGGAGGUUGGAAGCGUUUCCAUUGAGCUCUCCGAGUAUCGGGUCUUGUGCGUGCACGCAGUGAAGCAGGUCAUGCUUUGCUUCGGAGUCGUGUUCAUCACAAUCCUCACCUUUGCUUUUGCCAUUGGCGCUAUGCCCCACGAGGUUGCCAACCUAUCGACUCACGAGUGGGAGGACCUCAAACACUCAAUGACAAAUUUGGUUCAACUGGCAGUUGGUCGGAUGGAUCUGGCAGAGAUGCAUGAGAUUUGUGAUGAAUCCUUCUUUCUCAUGACUGUCAUCAUUCUCUUCUUGCUCUUAGUCUACAGUUUCUUCUUCAACCUCCUGGUGUCGCAGUUUUGCGGCGUUUAUUCGUCACUGGCCGCCGACAUCAAAGGCUACGCUCGGCUUGCUCGAGGAGAGGUCAUUGUGGACACACUCAAGGCGGUCCAGAUGAAGCGUUGGAAGUCCUUUGUGGCUUCCUUGGCCUUGGAUCGCCGUGUCGAUUUCGAAGAAGGGGAUCUAGGCCUCGCUGGAGGCGUCAAAGUUUUCGAGCCUGCUUUGGCCCAUCCCGUUACCAAGGACCAGAUCGUGAGGUUUGGAGGACAGACCGAUCCCUCCCUUCCAUGGCCAGAGAAGACCCGUGAUGAGGAAAGCAGUACGGAGAAGAUGAUUCAGAGGACGUGGCAUAGCUAAAGUUUGUGUGACCCUUCAGUUAUUGAGUCUGAUCAAGGUUCUUGUAAUAAAACUAACGACCUGACCUCACAAGUGUUUGCCAAACAUGAUUUUGAGUGCAUUCAAUAGCCAAGGAUUCAGAAAUCACUUCAAAAAAUGCUUGGCAAGAAGAUUGCGGACAGCGAUGUGAUGAGCAGUUCGCACAACAGCAGCAGUCGCAGUGAGUCACAGUAAUUCUCGAUGAAUCCGACAAGGCGUGCUUUUAAAGCGCAGAUUAAGGCCAAGGCGUUACGCCUCGUGAUGCUUGUGAUCUUACUUUCUCUUAGACUUCUUCUGCUUUAGUAUUUUGUAGAUAUGCGUUUUGUCUCAGUUGUAUAGUUUGGUGCGCUUACAGUUUGCGCAGCUUGCACAGCUUGCGGCUGGCACUAGUGGCAAAGGGCACGCUUUGGACACUUCCUCACACCGAGCAUUGCUAAGCAACGCUCGGAUUCCUGCAAUUGCAGGCCUGGAUGUGGGGCAAAGGUAGCCACAUGUUGCCGGUGCUCAGCCAAACAAGGUUUAGCAGCAUGUGAGAGUUCUGGAGCAUCCAACAUUGAAGGUUACAGUAAACCUUUUGUCGCCAGGAACCGUAGUUCUACGGGUGCUUAAUGCGCAUCUUGCUGCUACAGAGCUUCUGUUUGAAGGUGGGCCAAAGGCCACCACAAGGAGUUGAGCUCAGAGGUUUUGAUUUUUGAUCAAUGCCCGAGCCGCUUGUGACUGCGCUGCCAUUUCCUUGAACUGGCAUGCCGUUCAAGCGAUUUUCGCAGAUGUGAGGGCCCUCCCACAGGAUUCGGAAGCUUUUUUUGACAUGCC